UGAAUACCUGGUUGCCUCUUAAAACCGGUCAAUAAUGCCGUAUCCGGUUACUCCACCUCACAGGUCCUGAGUAAAACCACUGUCCAUUGCAAACCCAUGUCGCCAGCUCCUUCCUCUUGAGCCACCACCACCGCCACCGACGACAUUUGCACUGUUGUCCUUCUCAAACUCACCCUCAAUUUCUCUGAUCGCACAUGGGCGAGCAAACCCAACAUCAACACCAAUCGCAACCUCAACCCCAACCCCAUCCCCAGACCCAAUCUCAACCUCUGUCCCAAAUCCAAGCCCAGGUUCAAGCGCAGUCACAGCCUCAGCCUCACCAUGACCCCCUCACUUCUUCUAUCACCAGCACCACCACCACUGAAUUAAUCGCUAUCCCUCAGCAAACCGUCUCUCCUCUGGCCAAAAUUCCUCCUUCCCGGCCUCGCAAAGUCCGUAAGCUCUCUCCCGAUGACGCCGCAUCCACCGCCAAUGACCCCAAUUCCUUGCAAAUUAUCACCACAACCAGAGACGGUCCUAAAACCACAGCGAAAUCCGCUAAAAUCAAAACCAGCCAACAGCGAGCCCUGGCCGUCGUAACCCCGCGGAUCAUUGCGAGGUCAUUGUCGUGCGAAGGCGAGGUGGAGAACGCGAUUCGACAUCUUCGCAACGCCGAUCCACUUCUUGCCUCUUUAAUUGAUCUCCACCCUCCUCCUACUUUCGAUACUUUCCACACUCCUUUCCUUGCAUUGACUCGAAGCAUUCUCUACCAGCAGCUCGCUUUUAAAGCCGGUACUUCAAUCUACACCCGCUUUAUCGCUCUCUGUGGCGGAGAGGCCGAUGUCCUACCGGAUACGGUGCUUGCUUUGACAACCCAGCAGCUGCGGCAAAUUGGGGUUUCGGGGCGUAAAGCUAGUUAUCUUCAUGAUCUUGCAAGGAAGUAUCACAAUGGGAUCUUGUCGGAUUCCGCAAUUGUAAAUAUGGAUGAUAAGUCACUUUUCACUAUGCUUACUAUGGUUAAUGGGAUUGGCUCAUGGUCGGUGCACAUGUUUAUGAUUUUUUCGCUGCAUAGACCGGACGUGCUGCCCAUUAACGAUCUUGGGGUGCGCAAAGGAGUGCAGUUGCUGUACAAUUUGGAAGAGUUGCCCCGUCCGUCGCAGAUGGAUCAAUUGUGCGACAAAUGGAGGCCUUACAGGUCAGUGGCUUCUUGGUACCUUUGGAGAUUUGUGGAGGCAAAGGGGUCGCCUUCAAGUGCUGUGGCAGUGGCAACUGGUGCUAGUAUGACGCAGCAACAACAGGAGGAACAGCAACACCAGCAGCAACCUCAACUUCUCGACCCAAUUAAUAGCAUUCUCAACCUCGGGGCCUGUGCUUGGGGACAAUGAUAGGGACAUGGGAGGGUUGGUUGAUAACCCCCCAUCAAACGAUCAUUUGAGAAGUGCUUACAGAGCAGUGCAAAGAAGUUACUGGUUACUCUAGGCUUGGACAUUUGAAUAGUUAAGAGAGGUGUAUUUUGUCUAGUAAACAUCCUUCGAAAAUAAGACUACAUGUGUGGAAGUUCUAUUGCCUUUGUUAAGAGUGUUUGUAUCAAACUCUUACUGGAGAUUAUAGAGUUCAAAGAACUUCACUUUUUUGCCUUUA